UAGUAGGGUGGGAGAUAAAAUAAUAAAUGAAAUGAGAAAAACUUGAAUAUUAUUUGAACUUGAGCGCCACCUGCGACUUUCAAAGAAGCAGAAGAACUUUUUAAGUUCAUUUAUUUAUACUCACCUGCUGCCACCUUCUACGAAAAAAAUGACGCUGCGGAAAAGAAUUUUGUUUCAUACUAUAACAUUUAUACUCAUUGGUCAUCUGCAUGCGUUUCAAAAUUUUACUGGACACAAGUUACUGGGAAUGGUACCGAGAAAUUCAGAUGAAGUGGAAACACUCCGAUAUUACAUGGAAGAUCCUGAGUUUGAUUUUUGGACGGAACCUGUGCGCGUUAUGGAAAAUGUUACACUUCACGUAUCCGGAUCCACCGCAGAACAAUUUGAAGGCACACUUCGAAGAAAAGGGAUGCCCUUCUAUACCAUCACUGAUAAUUUACAAAGUUGGAUUGAGAGAGAAAGAGAAGAAAAUUAUCCGGGAACACACUUAGAGGGACGGACGGCCGGAUUUGCAUUCGAUGUCUACCAUCCACUAGACGAGGUGUUUGUCUUA